UGUUUUAUUUAUUGAAUCAAAAUCAUAGAAUCAACCAGCAAAUUAGGUUAGAUCAAUGUUUCGGUGUUGGAAAUUCUGACGUGGAAAAAAGUUUAGGGAUUUAUACCUAUAUAAUCUCAGAUUGAAAAGUAGCACCCCAUAAAAAAAAUUUGUGAGGAAAUGGAUCCAAAUCCUGAUGCAAUUAAGGAGGAUUUGAACCGGUUUAGGUAUUCUUUCAGUGAAAAUUUCAACAAAGUUCAAAAGCUUGAAGAGCAAGUUGCUGAGGUUGAAAAGUUCUACAAUUCCAAUAAAGCUCAAGUUAAUAAUGUGAAAGACAAAGGCCGGGAGAAGCAUGUUAUUGGCAGUAGAAGGUCACAUCAAGGUGCAUCAAGCAAGGAACCUAAUUCUUCAAACUCAAUGCAAGAGGUUAUGCAACAGUUUUGCACAAUAUUUCAUCAGGCAAGUGGAAAUACCCUGCAACUGGUUUUUGUUAUUUCAGAUUUCAAUUGUGGGUUAAGAUUAUGCACUCAGGAUGGAAGGGAAGGAAAGGUUAUAAGUUCGAUGUUCUUAUUAACAAUUCGGAAAAAUAAGAUUGGUUUAGUUGAUUUAGAACAGAGGGUAAGAGAGAUUCCGAGUUCAACUCUUUCGGUAACAAAAAUUAACGACUAA